CAUGGAUAUAGCAACAGGUCCCGAGUCGCUGGAGAGGUGCUUCCCUCGCGGGCAGACGGACUGCGCCAAGAUGCUUGACGGCAUCAAGAUGGAAGAACACGCGCUGCGCCCCGGACCUGCCACUCUGGGGGUGCUGCUGGGCUCGGACUGCCCGCAUCCCGCCGUGUGCGAGGGCUGCCAGCGGCCCAUCUCCGACCGCUUCCUGAUGAGAGUGAACGAGUCCUCCUGGCACGAGGAGUGUCUGCAGUGCGCGGCGUGUCAGCAAGCCCUCACCACCAGCUGCUACUUCCGGGAUCGGAAACUCUACUGCAAACAAGACUACCAACAGCUCUUCGCAGCCAAGUGCAGCGGCUGCAUGGAGAAGAUCGCGCCCACGGAGUUCGUGAUGCGGGCGCUGGAGUGCGUGUACCACCUGGGCUGCUUCUGCUGCUGCGUGUGCGAGCGGCAGCUGCGCAAGGGUGACGAGUUCGUGCUGAAGGAGGGGCAGCUGCUGUGCAAGGGCGACUACGAGAAGGAGAAGGACCUGCUCAGCUCCGUGAGCCCCGACGAGUCUGACUCCGUGAAGAGUGAGGACGAGGACGGGGACAUGAAGCCGGCCAAGGGGCAGGGCGGCCAGAGCAAGGGCAGCGGGGACGACGGCAAGGACCCGCGGAGGCCCAAGCGGCCGCGGACCAUCCUCACCACGCAGCAGCGGCGAGCCUUUAAGGCCUCCUUUGAGGUGUCCUCCAAGCCCUGUCGGAAGGUCCGAGAGACCCUGGCGGCUGAGACGGGCCUCAGCGUGCGUGUGGUGCAGGUGUGGUUUCAGAACCAAAGAGCUAAGAUGAAGAAGCUGGCGCGGCGGCACCAGCAGCAGCAGGAGCAGCAGAACUCCCAGCGGCUGGGCCAAGGUGAGCCUGCACCCCAGGGCCACAGACAGAGGGGCCGGGCUGUGCGUGGCCUGUCCCCAGAGGUCCUGUCCAGCCGCAUGGAAGGCAUGAUGGCCUCCUACACGCCCCUGGCCCCGCCGCAGCAGCAGAUCGUGGCCAUGGAGCAGAGCCCCUACGGCAGCAGCGACCCCUUCCAGCAGGGCCUCACGCCGCCCCAAAUGCCAGGGAGCGACUCCAUCUUCCAUGACAUCGACAGCGAUACCUCCUUAACCAGCCUCAGCGACUGCUUCCUGGGCUCCUCGGACGUGGGCUCCCUGCAGGCGCGCGUGGGGAACCCCAUCGACCGGCUCUACUCCAUGCAGAGUUCUUACUUCGCCUCCUGA